CCAGGGGCGGACUGACCAUUUGGAAACUCGGGCACUGCCCGAGGGCCCGGGGUCAGUAGGGGGCCCCAUGAGAUGCCCCUGGUACCUUUUUAUAGGCUUUUUUAAGUUUGGGCAAGGACACAGGGGCCCCAUGAUCCCCUAUUGCCCGGGGGCCCCAUGAGUUGUCAGUCCGCCCCUGGCUAUCACUUCCUCAGGGGUGUCCAAACUAUGGCCCUCCAGCUGUUGAAGUACUACAAGUCCCAUCAUGCCUCUGCCUCUGGGUGU